AUGUCGUCGCUGUCAGCGCUUGAAAGCGAGACACGGACGCACGCCUGGCUUGGGAUCGAGAAGCACCCGGCCCUGGCAGAAGUCCAGCAGGCUGAACAGGCGAAGGAAGUGAAAGACUUUGCCAAGGCGACACAAACAUCGGCGUCGGAGGAGGAAGGCGGCGAUGAUGACACGUCGUCCAUCGCAUCGUCCAUCGAUGCCAGUAUUACGGACAUGAGUACCGUGGCACCUACCUUGCCUUCCAUCCCUCCCGCACCAACGGGUGAGCUUACCUUGGCCACUAUCAUGGCCCCUGGCCUGCCGUGGCGACGUCGCUUGCUGCUACUUACGGCGUCGCUCGCCAUCAACCUCGGCUUGCCUUUCAUCAAUGGUGUGAUGCUCGGCUUUGGCGAAAUCUUUGCACGAGCUUUCCUUGCACCAUGGAUCGGCCUUGCGCCGCCGCUGCCGCAGGACCCAUUCUCGCCAUCCCCUGCCGAUGUGCCUCCUAUUGCCUCUAUACCCCGCGGUGGCCUUCGUACGUGGAUGUAUCAACGACGUGGUGAGCCUAUCUACACGAAAGAAGACGAACGGAAAGACGAUACUGCCUCUGCAUGA